UGUGUAUUUAUCUUUGAUUCUUUAUUACAUCACUGAACAACUUGCCUUGCUUGUUUUUUCUUUCUUGCAGAAUGCUAGCAAAAAGCAGUUUGGUGACCUAAAACAGAAAGUUUUCGUUUUUGUGCUGUGUAUUCAUCAAUACCGACUACCGAGUGGCAGAUCGCACUAAUCUUGAGUAACAUUUUGCCAAUGGCAUUGUGUUUCCGCCACUCCCGCCGCAUGAUGUUCACAUUGUCCCAUUUCCGUUUCGUUUCUUCAUUCUCUUGCUCAACUUUUGAUCCCAAAGAAGUUGUAGCAGAAGCCAUGACAAAACCUUCACUUCCUUCACUUGAAUCUUCUAGGGAUGCUGAUUUGAUUUCUCAGAUACUUAUCCAGCACCAUAAUCCGUUCCAUUCCAUGGAAUCAUCUCUGCAGCUUAAUGGCAUUAAGCUUACCCCAAAUCUCGUCCACCAAACCCUAAUUCGUCUCAAAAACAUCUCCAAAAUCGCCUUAGCUUUUUUCUCUUGGGCUAAAGAGCAAGCUCAAUACUCUCAUGACCCCCCUGCAUACAACCUCAUGAUCGACAUAUUGGGUAAAGUCCGACAAUUUGAUGUGGCUUGGCAAUUAAUCACCGAAAUGGACCAAAACGGCGUGAACCCAACUUCCACCACUUUUUAUGUGUUAAUCCGUCGGCUUAUAGCUGCUGGUUUGACUCGGCAAGCCAUCCGUGCAUUUGAUGAUAUGGGUUGUUUUGUUGUAAAUGAUGCUGACCAACAGCCCAUUGAUGAUUUCUAUUUCCUUUUUGACACACUCUGUAAAUAUAGCUAUCCAAAAGUCGCUACAGAGAUGUUCAAUAAAUGGAAGAGCUGGAGAUUCCAGCCUGAUGCAAAGAUGUACACGAUUCUGAUAUACGGGUGGUGUAAAGAAAACAAGUCUAAGAUGGCAGAGAGGUUCUUCAGAGAGAUGUUGGAUAGCAGAAUCGAACCUAAUGUGGUUACUUACAAUGUUCUUUUGAAUGGUAUAUGUCGGAGGUCCAGUUUACACCCUGAUGAUCGAUUCGAGAGGACACUCCAAGCCGCAGAGAACCUGCUCGAUGAAAUGCAUCAAAGAGGUAUAGACCCAGAUGUAACUAGUUAUUCAAUCGUGCUCCAUGUUUAUAGUCGAGCACAUAAGCCAGAUCUUACCCUUGAAAAGUUAAAGAUGAUGAAGGAGAAAGGCAUCCGUCCAACAUUGACAUCGUACACCUCUGUCGUGAAAUGUCUUUGUUCAUGCGGACGGCUUGAAGAUGCUGAAAAAUUGCUCGAUGAGAUGGUCUGCAAUGGGGUUACUCCAUCUGCUACAACUUUUAACUGUUUCUUUAAGGAGUAUAGGGGUAGGAAAGAUGUUGAUGGUGCUUUUAGACUGUAUAAGAAAAUCAAAGAUGAUUCCGUAUCCUUACCCGACUCACACACGUAUAACAUCCUUUUGGGGAUGUUUACGAGGUUGAACCGCUUCGAUCUUGUUAAAGUGAUCUGGGACGAUAUGAAGGUUAGUGGGGUCGGGCCGGAUUUGGAUUCAUACACGCUGUUGGUUCAUGAUCUGUGCGAAAAGCAAAAGUGGAGAGAAGCAUGUGAGUAUUUCGUUGAAAUGAUCGAAAAAGGGAUUUUGCCACAAAAGGUGACUUUUGAGAUGCUAUAUAGAGGGUUGAUACAGUCUGAUAUGUUAAGAACCUGGAGGAGAUUGAAGAAAAAGCUCGAUGAUGAGUCGAUAUCGUUUUCUUCCGAGUACCAAAAGUAUCACAUUCAACCUUAUAAAAGGUGAACAUACGUUACGAUAAUGCUCGUGGAUCAGGAGGACGACAAAGAGGGAUCUUUGGUGUUCAUUCGUUUUUGAAGUAUAUACGACAAAUGCUCACGCACACUCCACAUUUGGUGAGUUUUAAACCCUUGACGCCUGGGGUACCAUUGAACCAACGACCCUUUGGUAUCUUGGGUGUUUAUUGUUGGAUGCACAAACACAGUUAUAUGCAUAAAAAUUUUCAAGUAAUAUUAAUAUAGAUCUGUAGGUUGGUUCCU